GCGAAGGCGACGUGGAUAGAAAUGGCCUCCAACCCUAAUAGCAUCUAAGAGCGAUGGCCUCCAACCUAGUAUAUAGCUUCUUGCUACUACUAUAAGUAAUGACCUCCAACCUAAUAGCGAUGGCCUCCCAAUGUUGAAAACCGGUUUCGGGCGGAUAGAAUUCAGCUCUUCAUGACGUCCACUGGCUCCAGCAAACUUCAAAGGCCUCGGAAUUUGCAUGGAUGCUUCCUCCACCCAGCGGGUUGCUGCUUUUCCAGCGAACUGGAAGCAAGCGCUUUGUGUUUUGCAAGGAUCACAACAGGUGCGUGAUUGGGAUUCUGCCAGUAGUAGCUGUGCGAAAGCCAAAGAGUGGGGCCUGGCCCUUGAGUUGCUGAAAGCGGUCUAUCAGCGAGCCACGCAGAGCUGCAGCACUCGCAACAUCCUGAUCUUAGCCUUUGAGAAAGGACAACAAUGGCCCAAGGCUUGCCAACUUCUCUCCAAAGAUGUCGACAUCAUCUCCUACAACACCAUCAUCUCUCACACCUCCCACAUCUCUCAUCCCUCCCAUCCUUUCCAUCCUUUCCACUGGUCUUGCUGCUUGCUCCUCCUCCAAAGCCUCCAGACGAAGCGUCUCCGUCCCACCCGCAUCACCCUCAACGCCGCCGCCCGCGCCGCUUCAGCGCGCUGGCGCGGGGCCCUGGAGCUGCUGACGCCGCUCCUGGGAAGCUCCGGCGCCUCGGUGGUCAGCUACGGCACGGCGGUGGCAAGCCUUCCGGCGGACCAGUGGAGGACGGCCAUUGGCUUGUUGCGUGACAUGGAGAAGCGGUCGAUGCAGAGCAAUGUGGUGGUUCACACAGCGGCCAUCAGCGUUUGUGAGAAGGCCGAGCAGUGGCAGGUUGCCUUGGUGCUUUUGGAGUCGACCCUGUGCUUGGCUGAGCAGGACCCAGCACUCCGCGAAUUUGAUCACCUACAGUUCUGCCAUCAGUGCUUGUGUGAGUGGCACGCAAUGGGAACGAGCUGUGCUUCUCCAUUCCGAGCUUCAACGGCGAGACCUCCAGCCCAACCAAGUGAGCCUCACAUCGCUCAUGCAAGCCUAUGUUCGAGGGCGUCGUUGGAUCGAAGCGAUGCAGUGUUUCAAGUCGAACUCCGACUGGGUGGCUCUCUCGGCCGCCAUGGAUGUGGCGGCCAAGACCCAGCGAUGGUCACAGGUCCUGGCACUCUGGAGAUCGUUUCACCAUAUGCGUGUGGGUCUGACACUGUGUGAUGUUGCCAUAGAUGCAUGCUCGGGCAGCACCCAGUGGAAAGAGGCCUUGGAGCUCUUUGGAGAGCUUGAAUCUAAGGCAAGUCGGAUGAGCCUCUUGUCAUAUUGCGCUGCAGUCGGUGCUUGUGAGAAGGCUGAUCCAACAGCAUCCAAUCUGGCGGCAAUUGUGCCAAAUCUCUCCGAAGCAUGCGGUCAAUACUUGCUGAGCCAGCGACGUGGGAGAAACAGACCUCUUUGGUUUCGGUCUUUACUUUCCAAACACUGCAGUGUUUCCCCAUACCUGGAUCUUCCAA